GCACAGUACUCAAACGGCCUCGAAAAAUCGGCUCCAGCUCUGCAGACCAACCAUACAUCUCAGUAGGAGAUAUUUAAGGAAAGGUACAUCGCAUCCGGAGUUUCUCGGGUUAAGAGUGACAAGGAAUUUGUCGAUAGGAAUUCAAACACAACACGCCAGUUUUGCUGUCUCUGUCCAGAUAUUUAAGAAGUGGAGCAAGGGAUUCAUUCGACCAUCCUUCCUGCUCAGACAGUGGGAAUGGAUUCACUCAGUCAUCUCAACUGAAGGUAACAUCAGGAAGUUCACACUGGGCAAGGCCAUUCAUCUGUUCUGUGGGUGAGAAGGGAUUCAGUCGGACUUCCCACCUGUGGACACACCAGUCAGUUCACACUGGGCAAAGGCUGGUCAUCUGCUGAAUUUGUGGGGAAGGAUUCACUCGGUUAUCUGACCUCAUGGUUCACCAGCGAGUUCACACCGGGGAGAGGCCGUUCACCUGCUCAGAUGAUGAAAAGGGAUUCACUCGGCCAUCUGAUCUGCUGGCACACCAGUCAGUUCACACCGGUGAGCAGCCGUUCACCUGCUUGAACUGUGGGAAGGGAUUCACUUGCUCAUCUCAACUGAAGGUACACCAGCGAGUUCACACUGGAGAGAGGCCGUUCACCUGCUCAGACUGUGGAAAGGGAUUCACUCAAUCAUACAACCUACAGAGACACCAACGGGUUCACACUGAGGAGAGGCCAUUCACCUGCUCAGACUGUGGAAAGAGAUUCAGGCAAUCAUCCCACCUACUGAGACACCAGCAAGUUCACACUGGGGAGAAGCCGUUCAACUGCUCAGACUGUGGAAAGGGAUUCACUCUGUUAUCCAACCUACAGAGACACCAGCACAUUCACACUGGGGAGAAGCCAUUCACCUGCCCAGACUGUGGGAAGGGAUUCACUCAGUUAUCCAAUCUACAGAGUCACCAACGAGUUCACACUGGGGAGAAGCCAUUCACCUGCUCAGACUGUGGAAAGGGAUUUACUCAGUUAUCCAACCUACAGAGUCACCAACGAGUUCACACUGGGGAGAAGCCAUUCACCUGCUCAGACUGUGGGAAGGGAUUCUCCCAGUUAUCCAACCUACAGAGUCACCAACGAGUUCACACUGGAGAGUGGCGAUUCACCUGCUCAGAAUGUGGAAAGGGAUUCACUCGGUCAUCUGAUCUGCUGGCACACCAGCGAUUUCACACUGGGGAGAGGCCAUUCACCUGCUCAGAAUGUGGGAAGGGAUUCACUCGGUCAUCUGACCUACUGGUACACAAGUCAGUUCACACUGGGGAGAGGCCGUUCACCUGCUCAGACUGUGGGAAGGGAUUCACUCGGCCAUCUGAUUUGCUGGCACACCAGCGAGUUCACACUGGGGAGAGCCCGUUCACCUGCUGUGGAUGUGGGAAAGGAUUCAUGUGGUCAUCUCAUCUACUGAGACACCAGCGAGUUCACACUGGGGAGAGGCCAUUCACCUGCUGUGAAUGUGGAAAGGGGUUCACUCGAUCAUCCAGUCUACAGAGACACCAGUUAGUUCACACUGGGGAGAGGCCAUUCACCUGCUGUGAAUGUGGAAAGGUAUUCACACGGUCAUCUCAUCUACUGAGUCACCAGCGAGUUCACACUGGGUAGAGGCUGAUCACCUGCUGUGAAUGUGGGAAGGGAAUCACUCAGUAAUCUAAGCUUGUGACACACUACCGGGUUCACACUGGGGAGAAAGUGUCAAUAAGCUGCAUGCUGGAUAUUUGUCCAUCACCGUGCUGAAUGCAAUUUCGAGACUGACUGUCAGUGCUGAACUCUGCAAUUAUUGCUGCUGCUCACCACACCCAGUUCUGCACCCUGGUCACUGGAGGAGUUUCUUCUGUUGCAUAUUCACCUUUAAUGGGACUGGAGUUUAAUAUUUUGGAACUGAGACAAAUCAAUCAGUUCUAUUUUAAACUCUGUCUCCGGUACUUGGUGAAAUUAUAACAAACCUAGUGUACAGUAGAGAGUCAAUUCAGGCCGGCUGGACCCUGCCAGUGAUUCUGUUCCAUGACAGUCCUUUUCAAUCCUCCCCUGUUGUUCCCCCUCGCUCUCCCUGUGGUGAUGGGUUCCAAACAGUCACCACACUGUGGGUGAAGAGGUUUCCCUUGAAUUUUCUGCAGACUGAAGAAGUCGAGCUGACUGCGGUUCUGUCUGAGAUGUUCUUCGCCCCUCAAAUCUCUGGGCUGAGGAAGAGUGACAUUGGUAGUUAACCUCCUUAUUCAGGGCUCAUUUCCACAUUAUGGGUCAUCUUCCCUGCUUCUAAAGGGUUGUUGAAACAUAGAAACAUAGAAAAUAGGUGCAGGAGUAGGCCAUUCGGCCCUUCGAGCCUGCACCGCCAUUUAUUAUAAUCACGCCUGAUCAUCCAACUCAGAACCCUGCACCAGCCUUCCCUCCAUACCCCCUGAUCCCCAUAGCCACAAGGGCCAUAUGUCCUCUAAAAACCGAAAGCAGAAUUGGGAAACCAUCAGAUGUUCAACAGAGCAGGGUCAGAAACCAGAGGCGGGUCUGCACAGGGCAGAGUUUGGGGCUCUGUAUGAUGGCUGGGAUAAGAUGAGGAGGAGAAGGGAAUCAGCAAUGGGGUGCAGCAACGAAUGACGGAGAGUAGCAACAUUUGGAAGCUGAUUGACUGAGAAAAUAAUUUGGUUUUGGACUGAUGACACAAACAAUGCCUGUUGUGAGAUGCUCCAUGGGUGGAGGAACCAGGUGUGUUGGAAUGGUUACAUCUUUUGAGGGAGUUGUUCCUGCUUGUUUAUCUUGUAAUAUGAUAUCCGAACGAUUAUUAUGGAUUGUCCUAUCUGAAAUAAUUUUGGUGAAUGAUAUUUACCACUUGAUUGUACCUGCGUAAUUGAUCAGAUUGAGUAAAACUGCUACAGGA